AUGGAGCCAUGGUUUAAUCGGAACUACAAUGGUCAUGUUAUUGUUAUCAUGCAGUUUUGCCGAGCCAAGCGGAACCUGAACAGUGGGGAGAUUAAGCUCUCAAGUUCAUAUGAUGCACCUAAUAUAUUGGUCAACGAAGAUAUACCCGAGAUCAUUGAGUUUAAGGAGAGACUCGGUGAUGUGCACACUCCAUUGAGGAGUGUAAACACUAUUUCAAGUCCGUCACAAAAAAAUACAUUUGAUGAAUUUACGAGUGGGUCAAUGGUUAUUUAUACUAUUUCUGAGGUUUAUUCGUUGCGUCAGUGCGGUGACUUCUGGGUUGUGGCCAGAAUUGUUGAGAUCGAAAGUAAUAGAGAUUGGUGCUAUAGAUCCUGCAAAACCCGUGGUUGUAAUAAGAAACUGGCACUCAAUGAGAAAGGCAUUUUAGAAUGCUAUAAGUGUAAAAAAAACAGGGGGGAUGGAGUGUUGCGCUAUAGAUUGAAGGUUAGAGUAGUCGAUAGGGCAGGAAAUGCGCCGUUCAUUAUAUGGGAUAGGGAAUGUACUGAACUCAUCGGAAUAACAACAGCCGAACUGUUUGAAAAAUAUCCUCAGGUUAGGCCCACUUUGCCCGAUGAAAUCCUGGCCAUUCGUGGUGUCGUUAUGGUUUUCAAAAUAGCAGCACGCAAAGAGCAAUUCGACAAUCUUCAUAAUGCUUUCGCAGUUAUGAAGAUUAUAAAUGAUCAUGCGUUGAUUGAUGCAUACUCCCCUGAUCUACUUGAGAAUGGUGACCAUGAUAAGGAAGAGCUCAUAGCGGAGGGGGACGAUGAGGAUUUUGUUUCUAAAAACGAAGUGGAGAGCUCAGUCUGUCACCAAGGAUCUCCCAAGGAGUUCACCGACACAGGUAGCAGAUCAUUGAAGAGAAGUUUGUUGGAUGAAUUCUCAUCCACAGAAAGCUCUAAAAAGACAAGGGAUAUAACUUUCAAGAAAGAAAAGCUGGCUUAA